AUGAAGUAUGAAGUGAACUUGUACUCCGCCCUUGUCCUCACCUCCAUCAGUACACUCCGCCCUCGUCCUCACCUCCACCAGUACACUCCGCCCCCGUCCUCACCUCCACCAGUACACUCCGCCCCCCUCCUCACCUCCACCAGUACACAGAUCCUCUGUCCUCACCUCCACCAGUACACUACGCCCCCUUCUGCCUCAGUCCUCACCUCCACCAGUACACUCCUCCCCCGUUCUCACCUCCACCAGUACACUCCGCCCCCGUCCUCACCUCCACCAGUACUCUUUGCCCCUGUCCGCCCCCGUCCUCACCUCCACCAGUACACUCCUCCCCCGUUCUCACCUCCAACAGUACACUCCGCCCCCGUCCUCAUCUCCACCAGUACACUCCGGCUCCGCCCGCCCCCAUCCUCACCUCCACCAGGACACUCCUCCCCCGUCCUCACCUCCACCAGUACACUCCGGCUCCGCCCGCCCCCAUCCUCACCUCCACCAGGACACUCCUCCCCCGUCCUCACCUCCACCAGUACACUCCUCCCCCCUCCUCACCUCCACCAGUACACAGAUCCUCUGUCCUCACCUCCACCAGUACACUCCGCCCCCGUCCUCACCUCCACCAGUACACUUUUCCCCUGUCCGCCCCCGUCCUCACCUCCACCAGUACACUUUGCCCCUGUCCGCCCCCGUCCUCACCUCCACCUGUACACUCCUCCCCCGUUCUCACCUCCAACAGUAUACUCCGCCCCCGUCCUCAUCUCCACCAGUACACUCCGGCUCCGCCCGCCCCCAUCCUCACCUCCACCAGUACACUCCUCCCCCGUUCUCACCUCUAACAGUACACUCCUCACCUCCACCAGUACACUCCGCCUCCGUCUGCCCCCGUCCGCCCCCAUCCUCAGCUCCACCAGUACACUCCGUCCCUAUCCCCACCUCCACCAGUACACACAGCCUCUGUCCUCACCUCCACCAGUACACUCCGCCUCCGUCCCCACCUCCACCAGUACACAAAGACUCCUCUUCACCGCCUUACCCACUUCACGCUGCCCACCACCACCCUCUCCUGCCUCCUUGACUCCUGAUUAA